AUGGUCGACGCUGGACUGCUUCUCGCCUAUUCGGUCAUUGGGACCAUGGCCGUGGCGCCAAUUUACUUUGGCUCGUUUGACUCGCUGGACCGCCUGAAGAGCAGCUACAAGAAGAAGGCGCGGCCGCAAUUCGCAGAGUUCUCCGACUCCGAGGACGAGGACGACAGCGAGACCGAGUCGGUCUCAGCCGAGGACGCGUACAUGUUCCCGGUCUACGGUAUCCUGAACAAGGACUGGGUCAACGUCCUGCUGUCAGGCUACUUUGCCAUCAUGGGCGUUGCCGCGCUCUCGCAGGUCAGCGUCAAGGUCGUCAAGAGCGUCGCCAAGGUCAAGCUGCCGCUGUACCACGUCCACAUCGUGCACAAGUCAAAGUCGAUCUUUAGCUUCCGCUUCAGCAACCUGCACAUUGCAAUGCUGGGCACGUCGGCGGUGGUCACUGGCUUCUACCUCUGGUCAAAGAACUGGAUUGUGUCGAACCUGUUUGGCCUCGCGUUCUCGUUCUCGGCCAUCGGCCUCAUUCGCCUGGACUCGUUCAAGAGCGGCAUGAUCAUGCUCGGCGGCCUGUUCGCCUACGACAUCUUCUGGGUAUUCGGCACCGAAGUCAUGGUUUCGGUGGCCAAGAACUUUGACGCGCCAAUCAAGGUCGUAUUCCCCAAGGAGCUGCUUCCGGCAGAUGGCGCUCUAAAGUUCACCAUGCUGGGUCUGGGCGACAUCGUCGUGCCCGGCAUUUUUGUUGCGCUGUGCCUGCGCUUCGACCGCCACCGCUACCUGGCCAGACUCGGCUACGCCAAGGACAAGCACCUGCCUGAUGCGCUGGGCGGUCGCCACCACGGCUUCCUGUUCCCGGACGCCUUACUUCACGCAGCCCAGCCCGCGCUGCUGUAUCUGUCGCCCGCGUGCACGCUCUCGGUGAUCAUCACUGCCAUGAUCCGCGGCGAGCUGGGUGCCGUGUUUGCGUAUUCUGAGGACACAAAAUCAGAGAACGAAAAGGAGAACGCUGAUGACAAGGAGGAUGUCAGCGAGCAGAAGGCACUGGGCGUCCCCAGUGUUGCCGAUGCUCCGCUCCGCAAGAACCUGCACUCUCGGCUCGACAGCCCCACACCCGGCAGCGGCAUGACCCCCACAAGCGCUGGAGAAAUGGCCGACGACGAGCAGGAAGGGAUCCGGGCGCGCAAGGUGCUGGACGAGAAGGUCGACCCCAUUUCGGACAUGUCUGACAACGAAUCGGAAGCCGUGUCCAAGAAAAAGAAGAAGGGCAAGGGCAAAGGGCAAGGGCAAGGGUCGCAAGUAGCUAUGUAA